ACUUGUCAACAGCACUGGCAAUGAGUUACCACUGCUCCACAACAACCAAACUAAAGAAGGCAUGUUAGUACUUCGCUCCAAAUGUGGAGUAUUUGUGUCCGCCCAUUACUCUUUUGUAGUUUCUAACUAGUACUGUUAUUUUGACCCAAAAAAUUAUGAUUGCCGUUUUGUAGUAAUAAUAACUUUUAACUUUACGUACCCACUUAUAUUAUUUUACUUUUUUAGUAGUAAUUAGUAAUGCUAACCUUCCAGAGAUGAGAUAUGCUAAAAAUAUAUACACCUACCAGUCAGAGCAAACCACGGAGAGCUAUUAUUUGUCCACGUACCAUUAGGAGCUAGUAAAUGGAGGCGCCAUUGCUCCAUGAUUUCUUCGCCGGCGACAAUCACCACCGCGAGCUCAUUGGGCCGGACGGGGACUAUUUACCUGUUAAAGGACUGAGACAAUGGUGGACUAUUUUUUGGAUUGAGACAGUGAAACUAUGGGAGAUUGGAGGUCCAAUAGCUUUCAAUAUCCUUUGUCAAUAUGGGAUCUAUUCUAUUACGGUUGCUUUUUGUGGUCAUCUUGGUGCUGUUCAACUCUCUGCCGUUUCUGUUGCUCAGAAUGUUGUUGGCACUUUCUCCUUCGGAUUCAUGUUGGGCAUGGGGAGUGCUCUGGAGACACUGUGUGGACAGGCAUUUGGUGCUGGGCAAAUACAUAUGCUUGGAGUUUAUACACAGCGGUCGAUGGUUAUUCUAAUGUUUAGUUCAUUCCUUCUGUUGCCGAUGUAUAUUUUUGCAACUCCACUGCUUAAGCUUUUAGGCCAAGAACAUGACAUUGCUGUUCUUGCUGGGAAAUUUGUCCUGUUAUCAAUCCCUGAGUUAUUUUCACUGGCGAUCACCAUUCCCACCUCAAAAUUUCUGCAAGCCCAGAGUAAAGUUGGUGUUUUGGCUUGGAUUGGUUUUGUGGCUCUUUUACUCCAUGCUCUUCUGCUAUGGUUGUUCAUAUAUGUAUUCAACUUGGGUAUAAAUGGGGCUGCAUUAGUCUUUAAUAUAACAGGUUGGGCCAACGCGAUAGCUCAAUUUGUUUACGUGGUUGUUUGGUGUAAAGAUGGAUGGACGGGAUGGUCUUUGGCAGCAUUAAAUGAGAUUUGGGCAUUUGUUAGACUCUCGGUUGCCUCGGCUGUAAUGUUAUGCCUUGAAAUCUGGUACAUGAUGAGUAUUAUUGUCCUCACCGGACAACUCAAGGAUGCAGUUAUUGCUGUUGGAUCCCUAUCUAUUUGCAUGAAUGUUGAUGGGUGGGAAGCAAUGCUGUUCAUUGGAAUCAAUGCUGCCAUAAGCGUUCGAGUCUCAAAUGAACUUGGGCUAGGGCGUCCCAGGGCUACCAAAUAUAGUGUACUUAUCACAGUGUUUCAGUCACUCCUUAUUGGGAUACUCUGUAUGAUAAUAGUACUGGCAGUUAGAAAUCAUCUGGCCAUUCUUUUCACGAAUAGCAAGGAUUUGCAACGAGCCGUUGCUGGCCUUGCUUGGCUUCUUGGAAUAACCAUGCUUCUUAACAGUGUUCAGCCUGUAAUAUCAGGUGUUGCUAUUGGAGGUGGAUGGCAAGGUUUGGUGGCUUAUAUCAAUUUGGGAUCUUACUAUGUUUUCGGUAUUCCUCUAGGAUACACUCUUGGUUAUGUGGCUAACUUGGGAGUCGAGGGUCUAUGGGGAGGAAUGAUAGCAGGACUUGCUUUGCAGACACUGCUACUCUCAAUUGUACUCUAUAGAAUGGAUUGGAAUAAAGAGGUUGAGCAGUCAGCAGAGCGCCUACGCAAGUGGGGUGGUCAAAACUUUGAAUCUGAGAAAAUUCUUAUUUCAGAGCCUACAAAGGCCUUCCCAUAAGAGUGUGAUUUUGGGAUGACAUCGGAGGAUGAAGAGUCUUCAACUUUGUUUUAGUUAACCAGUUAAUGACAGCUAGGCCGCAGGCGAGAAUUUGAGGUGCACGCGGGUAAAAUACGGAUCCAAAAGUUCUAACAGAUUUUGUAGGUGACCAGGCUAAAGAUACACUUAAGAUUGUGAAUUGUGAGUGGGGGACUGCAAGGGGCUGUUAGUUUUAAUAGGAAUGUACCUGCAAUUUUGAACAUUAGGCUAAGAUGUUUGUUAUUCUCUUUCUCCUUUCUUGUUGUUACUGAACUAUUGCUUUCCUGUUCUAUUGCUUGUAGUUUUAGCUUAUCAGUCAAUUACUAAGUCCGCGUUAUCCCCCAA